CGCUUCACUCUUAGUUCAGUUAUCGUAGACAUAACUCCGCGAAAACCAUUAAAAAGUUAAUUAACAAGUUCCCUUUGAAUACAGCAAAGAUGCGCGCCCUCCUGUCCGCCAUUUUGCUGCUGUCGGCCAUCUUGUUGUGCGCGUCGCAGGCUCAGUAUCCGCGACCACGUCGUCCCGAACGAUUUGAUACCGCAGAACAAAUCUCCAACUAUUUAAAGGAGUUACAGGAAUAUUAUUCUGUUCAUGGUAGAGGACGGUACGGAAAAAGACAAAUGCAUAUAGCCGAUGCAUCUGUGAUCUUCAGAGAAAUGCCAUUCUUCGAAAACAAUUUGAACGACGACGCCAUGUUUAAAAACCUCGGAUACAAGUAAAAUUACAACAUUUCCCGCCAAUGACUAUCAAACAACGACCCAGACGGUCAUAAUGUUAUUUUAUCUGUGACUUCAAAAAUUACCAUUGAAAUGUAAAUAUUUAUUUGAAUCCUAUAAUUAGAAAAAUAAUAAAUUAGCCAAAAAUAUGCCAAAUUAUAAAAUAAGCUUCUAACCAUUCAUUUUCAAUUGUCUUUUAUUAUUUUAUCUGUUUAAAUAAAAAUUCAACGAUCUAGUCAAACGAAUGUAUAUCCGUCUAUAUUCUAGUCAAUUAUCGUUCCUUUUUAAUUAAAUCCUAGUAAUAUUUUCAGGCUGGGUGAAAAUUAUUAUUAGGAUUUUAACACUUGACUGUUUAAAUAUUAAUUUUAUGUUUAUUAUGACGUUAAUGGUGUAGUUAAUAAAGCAUUAUAACCUAAAA